AUGAGCCGAAGUUCUGGAUUGUCAUCUAAGGCACCGACACGAGCUCGCACGAGAGUUUCUACAAAAACAUCUCAAACAACUUGGACAGAAGAGGAGGAUAAUAUUCUUUCACAGUUAAUGGAAAAUGAAAAAAUCGCAAAUCCAGAAAUUUUUGCGAAAAAGUUUCCAAAUAAAACCCAACAACAAGUAAUGGAUCGAUGGAAUAAGGUUUUAAAUCCGGAGCUGAUUAAAGGUAGCUGGACUACAGAAGAAGAUGAAAUUAUCACACAGUGGGUUAAUGAACAUGGAGCCAGAAAUUGGUCAUCUCUUGCAGCAACACUACCAGGUCGUCUUGGAAAACAAUGUCGAGAAAGAUGGGUCAAUAAUCUUUCUCCAGAUCUUGUUCAUCAACCAUGGUCUGCUGAAGAAGAUAAAAUUUUAAUUGAGCAUCAACAAAAAUGGGGAAACAAAUGGGCAAAAAUAGCACAAUUACUUCCUGGAAGAACUGAUAAUUCAGUCAAAAAUCGUUGGAAUUCCUCUCUCAAAAGAAAACUCGAAAGAAUAGCUCGCGGCGAAGCACCUGUAAAUAAGCGUGGGAGAAAGCCUAAGAGAGCUUCAAAUGCCCCAGAUGUUGCUCCAAUCAUUGAAUCCAAGUCAUCAAUCUCAAUUUCAAUACCAGAACCAGAAAAUCUUGAAGAUAUACCAAAUCAUGAUUCAACAGAAGAUGAGAAACCAAAGAUAACUUCCGAAAAAGAAGAUAAAUCACCUUCUCAAGAUGAAUCUUCAAAAGAAAUCCCUAAGCCAGAUCUUGCUGGAGUAGAUUUAUCUAUUCCAAGUCCAGCAAUUCAGACACCUCUUUUAAUGUCUCCUUUCAUGCAAAUGUCACCAAUAUUAAUGAAAGAUAGCCCAUUUUUCCCUCUUUGGUCCCCUGGAAGUAACUCAGAUCUUAAGCCUUCUACGAUUCUUAAAUCUCCUCUGCCGUUUUCAUUGGAUAAAAACGAAGCAUUGGAUACAAAUAAGGCAACCGAUUUAAAGUUUUUCAGCUAA